GUCUGUGUGAACUUGAGCAGUGAAGGGUGGAAGAAGUCGGUCUCUCUGUUCUCCGAGACACGCACGAGCCCAGACCCGGUUCAGACCCGCUCUCAGGGUCUUAUACAGGCGCUGCUCAGCUGGACGGAACCGCGGAGAUCAGAGCUCAGCAUGUCCAGGAGAAAGCUCGGCAGCAGACCUCAACACCUGAGUCUCAUCCAGGAUGAUCCAGAGGCUCUACAGUUGACUUCCGGUUCCCCCCCAUCUCCUGACCACGUAACUCCGCCCUCGUGCGGAGGUAGUGACCUGCUCACCUGUGGUCAGUGCGGUCAGGCGUUCCCCCUCGCCCACAUUCUCACCUUCAUCCAACACAAACAGGGAGGAUGCAGCAGUGUCCAGGCACGAGCCAUAAGCCACACCCCCCAGUCUCCGGCCAAUCGCACGCUCCGCCGCGGCCCGGGCGCGCAGGUGGAGGUGGGCUACGUGGAGCUGAGGAAGGUGACGGACAGGCGGUGGGAGACGGAGCCAGGUGUGAAGGCGGAGACUAAUCAAGCAGAUGAGCCGUCCAGUUUCACCUGCCAGGUGUGUGAAUGUGUGCUGCCCAACGCAUGGGCGCUCCUCCAGCAUGCCCAGCACGUCCAUUCCCUGAACCUCUAUCAAGUGGAUGGCAAUCACAUGCCAGAGGCGUCCAAACCAGCAGCCACGAUGGACCCUCGCCACCUAGGCGCCACUCUGGCCUCUGCCUUCCACUCGACCUCCAAACGCUUACCUCGCGCUCCUCAGCCGCCUCGCCCCCAGCAACCCUCCGCUCCGUCUCCGGCAGGGCGGGAUCUUCAGGGCCUGAACUUCUCCCUGUGUCUUCAGCGCCUGGCAGAGGUCAGCUGCGGUAACGGCGGGGUCGUUCCCUCCCCGUCGCCGUCUCCACCUGCUGCUUCGCCUUUCCCUCAUUCCACGCCGCCCUCUGUUCUGGGAACCUUCUCCUGCGAGAUUUGCGGCCAGAGCUUCCAGUCCCUUCGCAGCCUGUCCGCCCAUCGUCGCACGCAUGCCUGUGAGAGGCCCUACCACUGCGGCAGGUGCCAGCUCACUUUCGCCCAGAGCGGCGAACUGGCGCGCCAUAUGAGGAGCCACCGGCGUGCUGCCGCCUCACUACAGGCUCAAGAGGCUGGAACAGAUGAUGUUGGAAAUGUCCAGAUCUCUUUGUCUCAACAGGCGGUUGGAGACGGUUCUUCGGCUAGUUUAGGGAAUCACCGGGCUGACCUUGACCUCAGCAAGCAUUCGUCUGUGGCAGGUCCAGGCUUGAUGCUGCUAACUUCACAGUCUGGAGCCUCAGGCCACAGCUUGCUUAGGCUCUACCAGCCACAAGUGGAGGCAGGGCAUGAUGAGGAAUCGCACGGAGAGCCACAGCAGCCUUCGCCUUAUUCCAGUCCAUCGGAAGGUUCGAUAGAGAGCGUGGAGACUGGUGGCAGCGGAGAGAGCGGCAUCGCCAGCGGAAACUGCACCCCGAAGCGCCCGGAGCGAGAAAACGAAAGGGAAGCCGAGGUGGAAGGCGUAGACAUGGUGCAGGAGUGGCAGCAGGACAACGAUAGGAGGCCUGCCAGCAAUGGAUCUGGCAGGAAGAAGCGAGAAGAAGCUUGCGAGUUUUGCGGAAAGAGGUUCCGCAACAGCAGCAACCUGACGGUGCACCGGCGGAGCCACACCGGCGAACGCCCGUACCGGUGCGGCCUCUGCAGUUACGCCUGCGCCCAGAGCAGCAAGCUCACCCGCCACAUGAAAACUCACGGUGCCAGAGGCUCCAGAGCGCCAUUCCAUUGCCAGCUUUGUUCAGUGCCCUUCACUGUUUAUGCCACACUGGAGAAGCACUUGAAGAAGGUGCACGGUGUCAGCCAAGCCCCCGCCGGAGUUUACAGCCACAGUCCUCCAUUUGCCUUUAACAGCAUGAACGUCAAACUGGAGGAAGACCCCGGCAACAAUCUCUCGGAUGCCCAAGCCCAGAACUUCGCAGAGGCUGCAGAGGACAUGUACGAGGGUCUGAAGGAGGAAGACUCCGAAAUAAGGGUCAGCAGUGGCACCGACGAUGCCACCACAAGUCCCGGUCACGAGGAAGCCAACGGCCAGGUCGAUACUGUCGCUUGAGUAAAGACUGUAGAGCCGUCGCCAAACGGGAACAUGAUUUGGACCAAAGCACCAGUUUGUUUGUUUGUUUGUUUGAAUCUGAUUCUUCCUGUCAAUCAAUGUCAGAACUUGUGGAUCUGAAUAUGUGGAAUAUCUGAAACACUGAAAAAUAAGGAGGCAAAUGGACAAUACAGGCGAUACAGAGACAAUACAGAGCCACGGCGUGUGCCCUGUAGCGCCACACGAUCAAAUAUAUACACAGCCUAUAUUUGAAUAUAAUGCAAUACCAAGUGCCUGCACAUCGUCUACUACUGUGAUAAUAACAUCAGUAACAUCAGUAACAUCAAUAACUACUGUCUUGUCAUGACUAUGGUUACACUGUGGGACCACAAAGGUUUGCAAGUCUCAGGACAUGGUACAGAACCAAGGAGACAGGCACGGAUGCCAGGCGACCGCCCUGGAAGUUCAUCAGCAAGAGACGAAGCAGAUUACCUGCGAUAGAUGACGUUAUCGUUAGCAUUAGCGCUAACGCUAAUGGUAACUGUUUCAUGGUAAUCAGGAUGUGUUUCUGAUUCUGCUGUUUCAGUCGAUGCACAGGCUGGAACACGGACGUUAUAUAUGUACAGAAUUCUGUUUAUUACGAGAUGAUUCCACGGAUGUUAAAAGUGUACAUGAAUUUGAUCUGCAUUUUCAUGUAGCAUCUCUUAAAGGGGAAGUUCACUAUUUUUCACUUUGUUCAUUUUGUUAAAAUUUCUGCAUCUUUCAGUGAUUUAGUGAUAUAGAGAGUUAGUGAGUCAGGGAUUGGGUGAAAUUUGUUAUAUAAGUUUGUUAUAGAGGAAAAAUAACAAGACGUAAUCAAGAAAUUUAAAUAAUAUAAAAGUGACAAAUUUACAAAAGGAAAACAAAAGCAUAAUAAUAAUUAUCAUUAUAUGUUAUUUGUCAUUUGGGACUAUUUAUAUUUUGCCAGACAGAACCACACCCUCAAUAUACUGCAUAGACAUAUCAAAACAUUAUGACCACCUCCUUGUUUCUACACCCAUUGCCCAUUUUAUCCAAUAGAUCCACUGUUUUUCUGUAUACUUAUUAUAUAUUUAUAUAUUGUUAUCCUCCUUUUACCCUGUUAUUUAAUACUCAGGACCUCAGAUACAGGACUACAAAUAAAGAGUCUGUAAAUAUAGAGCUUAAGAAAUCAGAAAUCUGAAUACUAAGCUAAAAUCCAGCUCGGAUCUCGUAGUCACUGCAGGCAUACUCUUAACUGGAGUACUCUGUAAACCCAUUGUUCAUCAUAUCAGCUCUACUAAUCAUAUAGGACACUUUAUAGUUCUAUAAUAAUAAUUUAGUGUUAGGAGUCUAGCCCAAGGACUCGUAUUGGUGAAGCACACCAUUCAGUCAACCAGACAGUGGUGUUAUCCACUGCGCCACACAACCACUACAGUUAUAGAACUACAAAGUGUCAAAAACAAGAAUGUGGUCAUAAUAUUCUGAUAUGACUGUGGAUAUAUCUACCAUAAAUGAAUUAUGCACUUAUAUAUUUAUGUAACUUGUAUGACUUUAGACGUCUGCAAAUAAUUCGCUUCAAAGUAAUCUGAAUUACUCUGUUCACAUUAUAUCUACUGAAUUGUGCAGAAAAUAUUAAUUAUUAUAGAAAAUAAAACAAAAAAGUAAGUGAAUUCCCUCUUUAAAGUGAUAAGUGAGGAUUGUGGAUUGAGGAUACGCUCAAAUCAUCACUGUGGGUGAAUUUUCUUUUUUUUUUUUUUGGGGGAGAAUAUUUUUAAGAAUAUACUCUCAAUUAUUAUUAUUUUUUUUUCUUCAUUUUUUAUUUUUUCUCAAUAGGAUUAUGUCCUAAAAAUACAAUGUGAUGAGGAUAUGUGAUACUGUUGUGAUAUUUUGAUAUUUGCUACUGUUUAUAUAAACAUGAAUACACAGUGUGGGUAUAGGGCAGUUGUUAAUAGUCUUUAAUCUUUAAUAAUAAUAAUAAUAAUAAUAAUGAUAUUGAUAAUAAUAACAAUAGUCGGUUUAUAACACAGUCUUAUAAAAUAAAAAAUGCUGUGUUCACUUGCCUGCAUGGGGACGUUUGUGUAAAUUAGGUUUUUUUUUUUUUUUUUUUUUUUUUUUUUCGGGAGGAUUUUUGUACAUUUUGUAUUUUUAGCCAGCGCUAAACAUAUCGUCUUACGUUUUUCGUAAAAAAUAUUGAUAUUGAUGAUUUUUUUUUCUUUCGUUUCAUUUUUCUAGCUGCUCUUCUAUGCAUAAAGGUGGAGUCCUGUAGUUAAGAGGAAACGGGUGUUUUUUCGCUGUAUAUUUUUGAACUUAUUCCACAGGUCUCGUCCUGCUGUUUACAGAUUAUUCGUAAAAUUAUCUUUACAGGUUGGGGAAUGUUGGGUUUAACUGCCUGAGCUGAGCACAUAUGCAUGUUUUCCAAUGGUCUGUCUGUAUUUUAUUUUAUUUUUUUUUGUAUUAUUUUUUUAUUUACCCUGUGUUAAUUUACCCUGAGUUAAUUUACCCUGAGUUAUUUGAGUUCAGUCUGUUCUCAAGGGUACUGCAUGCUUUUUUGUGGUUGUGUUAAAUAUAUAACAAAAAAAAGAGCCUUCUUCUUCCGUCAGGGUGUGUAACCACAGCACUGACCUGUCGAUUGGUAGAUCUACCAUGUGAGCACUUGAGAAUAGAGUGUGUGUGUGUGUGUGUGUGUAUGUUGGCGUGUGUGUGAAUGAAUGUGAAUUUAAAUACAUUUAUGUUAUUAUUAAGUGUACACUUAUUUUGCUUUGUUAUUUUAUUGUAUAUUAUAUGACUGUUAUAAUGUCUGUAAUCUGAUCAGGGAACUCCUGUACUACUGUUAGUUUUUGUUAAAACAAAUUUAACAAAUGUGAAAAGCUGUCGGACACAACAGCGACUGUGUUUACAUGCACACAAAUAUAUAAUAAUCUGAUCAUUUAUAAUCCAUAAUCAGAUUUCUGCAGUUUAGUUAUCUGAUUAUAUAAGUAGUCAACGGCAUACUCUGAUUGAUACUCUGAUUUCUUAGGUCAGAAUGAGGUCUAAAAAUCUGAUUAAAGAAUCUGAUUUCUUACUCAAUGCAUGUACUGCAUACUCUUAACCGGAGUAUUCCACGAUUUUUACAGUAUGCACAUGAGUGAAAACAGACCCUGCUGCUGUGUAAGUGAACAUUUGUGGAAGAAAUCUGAUAAAUAGGGCAGGAUUUUAGCUCAAUAAUCAGAUUUCUUACCAAAGUAUUCUCCAAUUUCUCAGAUCAGAGUGAGAAUGAGGUCUAAAUAUCAGAUUUAAAGAAUAAGAGCUAUAUUUUAGUUCGGUAAUCCGAUUUCUGAUUUCGCAAUCAGUGCUUGCAUACUCUUAACCGGAGUAUUCCGUGAUUUUUCUGUAUGUGCUUAGAUAAAAACAGGCCCUGCUGCUAUCAGAAAAUCCAAGAGAAAUAGAGAGAGCUGUAUUUUUGUUCGGUAAUCAGAUUUAGUGCUUAUUUAGUGCAUGCAUACUCUUAAGCGGAGUAUUCUGCGAUUUUUCAGUAUGUGCAUAAGUGAUCCAGAAGAUUGGAUAUUAGAGAAACUAAGAAUGACUCCAGUCAAUUUUUCCAAUUUGAUGUUGAGCCUAAAAUCAUGGAAUUGCUUUGUAAAAGAAAUCUGAUGGAGAUCUGAAUUGAAACUCAGUAAUCAGAUUUCUUAGUGCAUGCACCGCAUACUCUUAACCGGAGUAUUCUGUAAUUUUUCAGAUCAGAGUAAGCUCCAUAAAUCUGAUUUCCGAUUAUAUCUUGGAUUUCUUAGCUAGUUUGUGCAUACUCUAAACCGGAGUAUUCUGCGAUUUUUUUUUUUUUUUUUUUUUUUUUUUUUUUUCUUUCUUUUCAGUAUGUGCAGAUUUUAGCUCCAUAAUCAGAUUUUAGCGCAUGCACAGCAUACUUUUAACCGGGGUAUUUUCUGAUUUCUCAGGUCAGAGUAAGGUCCAUAAAUCUGAUUAACAAAUCAUAAUUAUCUUGGAUUUUUUAGUUAGUGUGUGCAUACUCUUAACCGGAGUAUUCUGCCAAUUUUCAGUAUGUGCAUUAGAUAAGAUAAGAAUGACUCCAGUUAAUUUUUCCAGUUUGCAGUCAGGCCUGAAAUCUUAUAAAGAGAGCUGGACUGUAGCUCUGUAAUCAGAUUUUUGUCGUUUGUCGCAUCUUAAUCUGGAGUUUAUUGGCUGGUUGCAAAGCAAAAAUCGGAUUAUUGUCUGAAUCAUGUAAAUUCUGAGUUUUUUUCAUUAUCUGAUUUACCCAAGUUAAUGUAAACACGCUGAUAUUGAUCAGAUUACUGCAGUAAUCAGAUUAUUAUUAUUAUUAAAUGCAUGUAAACGCACUCAGUGUCCGUUUCUUCAGGGACCAACACACUGUAUAUAGAUAGCUCCGCCCCCUUCCUCCCACCCACCAAUCCUCCGCACUUACCACCAUGCAUUUUGUUGUUGUCUGAUCUGUUUUGAGUUUAUAAUUAUAUGUAUUUUAUGUAUAUCAGGUUUUUUCCCAGAAUUCCCUGUGAACUCCUGCUCCUGCUGUUCUGUAAAGUUGCCAUACGUUCGUUAUUCUUAUGCUUUUGUGCAGAAGUUGAUUAAAAGACUGAAGCAAAGUCAGAA